UUGAGGGUAUGACCCCGCAGGUUGUGAUUUGAGCGGUGACAUGUGAUUGUGAGGUGCGGGAUUAGAGACUGUUUACAGUGACUGAAACAGGAAGGCAGCAGGAGUUUAGGAGCGCAGUUCGUCAUGAGCAGUUUCACAUGAAAUGCAAACAUUUCGAUUAGUUGCACCAUGGUGAUGACAUGCUCUGAAAUUGGUUCUCAAACAUCAUUCAGACCAUUCUCCAGAUGGAUUUAACUGCUCCUAUGUUUCUCUGAUGUGGCCAUUUAAGAAUUAGAACAAUCAACCAAGUUAUCUAAUAUUUCUGCACUCUGCCUACUGGAACGGGGCACAACUGAGAGUAUUAAGGUGAAGGGAAUACUUAGAAUAUGGCAAAGAAUCUGGAUUUGUCAAAACUCACAGAAGACGAGGCCCAACAUGUCUUGCAUGUUGUUCAACGAGAUCUGAAUCUACGCAAGACAGAAGAAGAUAGACUUGGAGAAUUAAGGUCUAAGGUUGAGGAAGAAACAACUAAGAGGAAGUUUCUUACAAAGCAAGCCAAGUUUAAUGAAGGUCAUUGCAUUCACUGCCUGGAACCCUUUCAGUUCCUGGUGAACAGCAAGCGUCGAUGUCUGGAUUGCAGUCUGUACACCUGCAAAAGCUGUAGCAAAUUCAACAAAAAGGAGUUUGGCUGGGUGUGUGACUCCUGCCGGAUUGCCAGGAUUGUAAAUACUGGGUCACUCGAUUGGUUUUACAACCGUGUGAGAUCUCGUUUCAAAAGUUUUGGAAGUGCAAAGGUGAUGCAUUCUUUGCACAGAAGAAUUCAACCUGGAGAAAAGCACUCCCUACGAAACUUAGACUCACACUAUGAACGAGAUGUAUUUGAUCAUGUGUUGGACAGUUACUUGCAUGGUGAAUACAAUGCUCAGAUGAUGGCAGAAGUAAUUGAAGAGGAUGAAAAUGCUCUUGAUAAUGAAGAGGCUCAUCGCUAUAGUGUAUCACGCAGAAACAAACGUCUACUUUCGGUGCAUCCUACUGACUUUGAUAUGGACUCAGAAUAUUCUGCCCAAUCUCGCCGUCAAUCUUUCCAGCUUCCUUCCCCACAUUAUGACGGCAGUGGUUUACAGUCAUUUUCAGAGUUCCCUUUCGCUGGCAACAGUACAACAGAAGAGAGUUCCAGGCGAGGGUCUUGCGUUGGAGAUACUGAGCUGACCUCAGUAUUCCGGAAUAUACUGCAGGAGAAAGGACAGAGGUUAAUGCCAGACUCUGAGUUUAGCACUGAAGUCCGAUUGGAGAUCAACAAAAGAAGGAAAAGCUUGGACAAGUCUUCCAAAUCUGAUGAGGUGGUGCAUCGUGAAUACAGACUUCCCCGCACACGCUCAGUUCCUGGGAUAUGGACCUCCCUUGGAGAAGCAGAGGCUCAGCAUUCAGUGCCUUACCAGAAGCCUGGUGCUCAGUACUACGCUGACAUGGAUAGCUCUGACAAUGAUGGGGCUACUGAGCUUCCAGUGUAUCAGCGCCACUUUGUACGACGCAGGAGUCGAAGUUCCUCACAGGAACGCUUAGGUUCUGGAGGAAGUCAGAUUUCCGAUUUGUCCAGACGCAUGUCUUCCAUUGAGCGCAUGCUAAGCAGACUGGAAGAGAAGAUGACUCCUAGCUCUGUAGAGUCAUUGGCCAACUCUGGUGGGCUUCCAGCAUCAUCUCUAGUUGAUUCAGAAGCCUCAGGUCUUGAUUUGACAGAUGCGGACAUAGAGGAGGAAAAGCUAAAGAAGAAAUUGGGUGAGUUGGCCAGCAAUAUCAGUGACAAAGGCGCUUCAUCUGAUGAGGAAGAGGUAAAAAGGAAAACUGAAAGACCACAAGAAAUGACUUCAUCUGGUGAAGACCUACAAAGUGAGGCUCUAAAGCGCUCAUCAGCAGUGGCCCUUUGUGACAUCACAACGAAAGCAUUAAGGAUCGUUAACGCAACUGAAAAAGCAUUACAUGACUUUGCAGAAGUAGAUGGCACAGUUAAUGCACCUCUCACAAAUCCCAGUUUGCAUCUAAAGUCCAGUGAAAAAGACCAAAGUGUGAGCGAGGCUGAUGAAGCAUACAGAAAACUUGAGGAAAAUGUGUAUAUGGCAGCCAGCACCAAUUACGGCUUGGAAAGGCAGCUGAAGGACCUGGAGGAGCAAGCACGAAGCAGACAGAGUUACACCACCACUACAACAGACUCUGAGCUCUCAGAAUUGGAAGAUAAGGUGGCUUCAGCAGUUGCUAAGGUUCAAUGCACUGAAAGUGAGGUUUCUGAUAUAGAAAACCGGAUUGCAGCUCUGAGUCCUACUGGAAUGAAUGUUUCAACUGAGGAUAAGCCCAAAAGGAAGCAAGAUGGACAGGAUAUGGUGGUGCAACAGCCUCUGCGCCAAAAAAGUUCAGUUCCAACUGGAAAGAAGGAAUCAAAAACCAGAAAGAGUGAAUCGUUUGAACGAAACAUACAAAAUAAAGGAUCACUCACCCAACGGAAUCCAACUAACAAGAGCAGAAGAUUGGACCAUAUUUUUGGGAAACCAGUCAUGACCAUGAGACCUUAGAGAGGAAAACCAUCAAAAUGACCUAUGUGCUGCAGCAUCAGAAAAGCAUGAUUCCCAGAAUCUGAAUACAGAUCUACAUUUCCAAGAGCAAUCAGCUUGUUAAAUGAUACAUAAUGCAAACCAGCUUGUGUGUCAUAUGUUUAUUUUAUGCAGAGUUAUGUACAAUUGUUUUUGUGAGUAAUGGAUAUUGCUUGCAUUGAAAUUUUUGCAAGUGCACUCUACCAUAUUGCAUCAGCUCUAAUGCCCUUUACAGUUAUGAUGUUUUGAUACACAUAUUUGCAUAUUACAACUUUUAAUGCUUAUUUUGUGACACUUUUAUGUGGCACAUGCAGAUCCCUCAACAGCUCGGUUGCUAAAGUAUUUCUGUCUCUCAAGUAACUGAGCUACAAGGAGCGUAGAAUGUUCACUCCUGGCAGAUGAGAGGUAAAUAGUUUCAAAUGGAGUGAUAGUUGAGAUGUAAUGAUAAUAUUGCUCUCGUUUUCAGUGGCCAUCGCUGGAGAAAAUAAGGCAUGAUUUUCAAAUCAGUAGCCAGUUAUGUUUCUUUAAAUUGGAAACAUGUUUAUGUCACUCUGCAAGGUAAGAACAAUGACUGCAGAUGCUUGAAACCAGAUUCUGGAUUAGUGGUGCUG